UAUCACUGCCGCCAUAUGCUUGUUCCCAGCUUUGUCAUGAUAGGCCCCUUCCACGCGAGACACAAAUCCCUUCAUAAUACCAGAAAUCAUUGCGACUUGGGCAAACCUGCUUUAAGUCAGCGGAAAGCCCAGCUUUGUCAUGCAAGCCCAGAGAAGCCAGAGAAAAUGAAGAUGAAUGUUGGUCUGUUUUUAAUGAUUAUAGGCAUCCACAGUGUCGUCGUUGAAGCUCAGACGUCUGCUCUGUUAUCAAGUUUUGACUGGGAGGACUGCGACACAACUGGAACUGCCGUGAUAACGGUCAACAAGCUGAAUGUGACGUCACCUUUGCCCAUUCCGGGGCAGGUCGAGAUCUCGAUGGAAGCCAACAUCACUAGUGACAUUCCAUGCGAUGCAGUGCUUAAGUUCAAUAUCUCUGCCACCACGGGUGUCGGAAAUCCAGGCGCCCACCUGACCAUACCAUGCGUUGAAGGUCAGGGGUCAUGCGCCUACUUGCUGUCGGACAUGCUCAGUGCCACCUCAUCUGUCACGCAACAGCUCAUCCGUGUCCUGAUGCCGGCCAGCAAGUGUCCACUAAAGGCAGGUGUGGUGACGGUUCCUCCUGUCAACAUCACCAUCCCAGACAUGCACACCAGUAUUCUGGAUGCUUUGAUCAACACCAACAACUAUUUUGUCAUCGCUCAGCUGAACUCUCCCGAUGGCCAAAGUGUUCUUGGAUGCCUCAAUCUUACGAUGCCCGUGAAGAAGCUGUGCUUAGGGUGGCUGUGUCCUCACGACUUGGACUACGUCAUUCAGUUCUGGAAUCCGACUACGACCAGGCGACCAUGAUUAAUGAAGGAAAAGACAAAAAAACAGAUUUUCAUGAAAGACGAAACAAGCUUCUGCAAAUUUUUCUAAAAUAUGAUUCCAACGACACUGACUGGCUUACAGUAAAAUACAAGACAAUAAAUCUUACUGACAAUUCGUUGAUGAGCUGCAAGGUUCACAUUCUAGUGGCACCUUUACUUGUAACAUCAAAACAGUUUAAAGGGUGCGAGCUUAGAAGUUGUUAGUUUUAUCUUUAUUCUUGCCGGAAGUAAGCUUCUCGUUCUUCACAUUGUAUAGAAAACAGGACAGAAAUAAUUCCACGAUUUUCAUUUCAGUUACUGCAGGAUGCCAAUAUAGCGCAUUGAUAUCCAGUUUCA